UCGGCUUUCAUGCAUAAAGAGUACCCCAGAAUUAAGAGUGUAUCCAUCGUAAUUGUAGGAUUAACCUAAGACUUACUGCCGGCUAUCAUGCUAUCAUGAGGCCUCGUCAAUACAUCAUCUCUUGAUCACGCCCAUUCAAUGCCUCCUCUACCAUACCUCCUACGGCUCCGGCUCGCCCGUUAUGCUCGAACCUCUCUCUGCUCUAAUAGCUGCCUCUACAAUGCCCUUCCUCCAGUCCGUACGCUUUUCGCGACGCCUCCGUCCCUAGCAAAGCAACUACCGCCCCGGCGCGUGGUCCUAGACUCCGAGAUUGAAGAGAACUUCCUCAAGGGCUCCGGCCCGGGCGGGCAGAAGAUCAACAAGACUUCCUCCGCCGUACAACUAAAACAUCUCCCAACGGGAAUCGUAGUAAAAUGUCAAGAAACGCGGUCACGCACGCAGAACCGAAAGCUUGCUAGGCAGAUAUUGGGGGAGCGGAUAGAGGAGCUCGAGUUGGGUGAGCAGAGCAGGACACAUAUCAAGGCACGGGAGAAGAGCAAGAAGAAGUCCAGCGCAGACAAGAAGAAGCGAAGAAAGUACAGAGCCCUGGAAGAGGACCGGAAAGCGAUGGAGGGUGAAGUCGAUGACAACGAACCCAUCGAGGAGGGAGAGUCACAAAUCAUGAAAGGCGAGCACAUUGGUGAAGGCAAAAUCCAUGCACCAGGAUGAAAGGUGGGUGGGAUCGGUCGAAAGACAGCAUAUAGACACUCGACGUUCUGAUCACGGAGGAAAGCAACUGUUGUAUCGCACAAUACUGGGAAUAUCAUGACAUGACUGGGUUUCUGAAGCCUUAUCUGUGACGAGAUUUUGAGCAUCGCGAUUCGGACUGCAUUGUGGGGUGCCCUGGAAAUGACAGGUUGGUGCCUAUUCCACUGUCUGGGUAACCUUGCGAAAAGCGCAAUAGGUGCGCAGGUCGGUUCAUGCUAUUUCAAGUAGAUACACACCGAUCAUUAAUAGGGCGAGAGAACCAGAAACCCAAGUAACGGAUAAUAAGAGCGACUAUCUAUUGCGUAUAAUGAAUAACCAAGUUGUGCGAUUGUACCAAGCUUACUCCGA